UCUGAGGCUGAGUAGGGUAAAGGUGAAGACGAGGGGGAGUGGAGGCUGCGGCUGUGGACAUCUUUCUCUGUAUGGACUCGUUUCGUUUACACACCAGUCGACAAAAGAAACGAAUCCGAGGACUUUUAUGCAGCAAGCUGAAGUCAUCAUAUCCCAGAGAAGGGUGAAGACAUGGCUAAUCAUUUAGCACAGCCUGCUCCUGAGCGGACCUUUCAGUACCAAAAUGUUCUACCUGACCUGCCCGUCCCGACGCUGGAGAGCAGCCUGUCAAAGUACCUGGAUGCAGUUCGUCCGUUUGCGUCAGAGAAAGAGUUUAAAUCUACGGUGGACAUUGUGAGGAAAUUCAAAGAAGGUGUUGGCAAAGAUCUGCACCAGAAACUGCUGCAGCGAGCCAAAUCAAAGAGGAACUGGCUGGAGGAAUGGUGGUUAGACACGGCGUAUCUGGAGGUCCGCAUCCCCUCUCAGCUGAAUGUAAACUUUGGAGGUCCAGGACCGUACUUGGAGCAUUUUUGGCCUCCUGCAGAGGGAACGUGGCUGCAGAGGGCCAGUGUUAUCACAUGGCACACGCUGCAGUAUUGGGACCUGCUCCGCACGGAGAGACUGGCUCCUCAAAAGGCUGGGAAAACCCCGUGGGACAUGGAUCAGUUCAGGAUGCUCUUCUGUACCUGCAAAGUGCCGGGAGUGAAGAAGGACACCAUCCGUAACUACUUCAAGACAGAAAGUGAGGGGCCGUGCCCUUCCCACGUGGUGGUGAUGUGCCGUGGACGGAUAUUUACCUUUGAUGCACUUUUUGCUGGACGAAUCCUCACUCCUCCAGAAAUUCUCAGGCAGCUGAGCUAUGUGAAAGAGCGCUGUGACCGGGAGCCAGAGGGAGACGGACUGUCUGCCCUCACAUCAGAGGAGAGGACACGUUGGGCCAAAGCAAGAGAGCAUCUAAUAAGCAUCGAUCCGCACAAUAACACAAUCCUGGAGAUCAUUCAGAGCAGCCUGUUUGUCUUGUCCCUGGAUGAGACGAAACCCUACUCUACUCCAGAGAACUACACAAAAUUAACUGUGGCAGCCCUUACAGGCGACCCCACCAUCCGCUGGGGCGAUAAAUCGUACAACUCAAUCGUGUUCGCAGACGGCACAUUCGGAUCCACUUGUGAUCAUGCGCCAUACGAUGCGAUGGUACUGGUGUCGAUGUGCUGGUAUCUUGAUGAACAAAUCAGAGCUGCAGAAGGAAAAUGGAAGGGCUCAGACACGGUCAGGCAGAUGCCCCUUCCUGAGGAGCUGCUCUUUACUGUGGAUGAAAAAGUCUGCAGUGAUAUUAAUCACGCCAAACAGCAGUAUCUGGAGGCUGUACAGGACCUGCAGAUUGUGUGUUACGCCUUCCCAGCGUUUGGGAAAAAAGCCAUCAAAGAGAAGAAGCUGCACCCAGACACCUUCGUUCAGCUGGCGAUGCAGCUGGCAUACUACAAAAUGCACAAGAAACCAGGAAGUUGCUACGAGACGGCGGCGACGCGCAAGUUUUUCCACGGCAGGACGGAAACGAUGCGACCCUGCACCCAGGAGGCUGUGAACUGGUGCAAAGCCAUGAUGGACCUGACUUGUGAUGUGAAUGCCAGGAGGAAAGCCAUGCUCUCAGCCUUCGAGAAACACAACAAACUGAUGUCCGAGGCUCAGGAUGGAAACGGUUUUGACAGACAUCUUCUUGGGAUGUAUCUCAUCGCUAAAGAGGAGGGACGUCCCAACCCUGAGCUCUUCACUGACCCCCUCUACUCUAGAAGCGGGGGUGGAGGUAACUUCGUGCUGUCGUCCAGUCUGGUGGGUUACACCACAGUUCUGGGUGCGGUGGCCCCCAUGGUUACUCAGGGCUACGGCUUCUUCUACCGAAUCAGAGAUGACAGGAUUGUGAUCUCGAUCACAUCAUGGAACUCUUGCCGCGAGACGGACGCCGCCUCGCUGUUCAACAACUUCUCCAGCUCCCUGCAUGAGAUGCUCCACCUGGCCACCAUGUCUCAGCUGUGAACCAAGCAGGAACAGGAAUUUAAACAGUUACUUUUCCCUGCUCUUGUCUGUGCAUCCAGACACACCGCUCAGCCUGGGUUUAUAUACAGACAGCUAGAUCAGCACAAAUCAAUGCAAACAUGCAGAAACUGCACCACUGGGUGAUUACCUCAGUUUAUUGUAUAUAUAAACAGAUUUUGUAUUUUAUUUUGAUUAUACUUUAAGUGUUUAGAGUACUGAUUAGCCUCAAACAGUAGCAAAGCUUUCUAUCAGAACUACUAGAAUCAGUUUUGUGCAUGAAAAUAAUCCUUUUUAGGCCUUAAAUGAAAUUAAAUUCUGUAUCUUUGCUUCAUUUAAUGGGCUCAGACUUAAUUGGCUCUACAUCUGCACACGUUUUGGCUAUGGUGGAAGUUUGGUAUAAAAACUUUAUGGACAGACUGUUGUCUUCCUCACUGGUAUAGAAGGGGAAAUGUAUUCCUCCUAAUGGCUGUGGUAUACAUACUCAUUCCAUCAAAUAAAAAAUAGUUUUAGAGCUUAUUUAAAAUGUCUUUAAUCUAUGAAUCGUCUGGUACUUUAACAUGCAACAUGUGUUAUACAUCUUGUUUGACUCGAGUAGCUGCAUGAAGAACCUGUUUGUAGCAUUACCAGAACCAAACAUUAACUCGUCCACUGCACCUUUAAUUUCUGCACGCUGAGGUUUUUACCUUUCUGUCCUGUUGAAGACAAACGAAUGUCCCUUUCUUUUAAAAGGUAACUACUGUGAAAUAUUCCUGAGGCACUGAUUGUUUGGACAUUGUUCACUUCUCUUUUGGA